AUGUCUGAGGAAGAAUGGUCCGCAUUUGUGCCCAGUGGGGAGUCGAAGACCUCGUUGUGGUUGUGUGUAAAUUUUAUGAGAUUUUUGCUUAUUAUUACAGAGACAGAUUUUAAGGAACGUCUUAUAUCGGCUGUCAAAAAAGAAGUCAAACAGCUAAUGGAAGAGGCGGUUACAAAGAAAUAUGUUCACGAAGAAAGUACAACAGUUACACAGCUGUGUGCCGCCGUUGAAGCAUGUUUGAGUCAGGGAUUGAGACGUCGAGCUUUGGGUCUGUUUAAGACUUCGUCGACCACAGCUCUUCUACAUAAAAUUGCCAAAUUUUGCCCAGAUGCAGAACACAUCAGUAAAAUGGUACAAGACAUUGAGGCUCAAGAUCCCAGUAAACGUUCAUCGUCGAGUAGUGAAAGUUUCAAUCGACCACCGAUGUUGAAGAAGGGCAGCAGUAGUUCGGUGACCAGUGUUAUGAGUGCCAGUUGUUCGACCAAUACAUUGGCUUCCAUGAAAUACCUUUGGAUUCGCUUGGCACUCUACGAAAAACGUUUGGUGAAAAUUAUUGAAUACUUGGUAGAAAACGCCAGCUCAUAUUAUGAUCGUGACUCCUUAGUGGCUGAUUCGGAUUAUGGCUGCAUCUUAAGCUCAUUGCUGGUGGGGCCAUGUGCAUUGGAAUUUACAAAAUCUAAAACUGCAGAUCAUUAUUGGACAGAUCCACAUGCUGAUGAGUUGGUUCAGAGGCAUCGUAUUAGCUCUGGUCGACGAUCAUCAUCUGUAUCAUCAAGGGCACCAAUUAUCAAUUUCAAACGAAGCCUGAAUACAAGUACCGAUGAAGCUAACACAGGAACAUUUAAGUCAAUUGCUUCAUGUGCGGUGGCCAAAGAUUAUGUUGAGUCAUUGCAUCAGAAUUCCAGAGCCACAUUGUUGUAUGGGAAAAAUAAUGUGCAGGUGUUGCCGAAGGAUUGCAGUGAACCCAUGCUGGGCUAUCUGAGUUUGCAUCAGCACAUCCAAACUUUGACCAUUAAAUGGACUCCCAAUCAGCUCAUGAACGGCUAUCAAGAGGCGGAGGAUGAAGAAGACAAAGAGUCAUACUGGGCCUAUGCCUUGAAUAUAAAUGUCGAUGACAUUGUCUAUGUCCAUUGCCAUCAGAAUCGUGGUGAAGAUAGCGGUGGAACUGUUAUAUUGGUGAGUCAAGAUGGUGUCCAACGACCACCAAUAAUCUUUCCCGAAGGUGGUCAUAUGCAACAAUUUCUAAGCUGUCUGGAAACCGGUCUAUUGCCCCAUGGCCAAUUGGAUCCACCGCUAUGGUCUCAACGUGGCAUUGGUAAAAUAUUCCCUUGGCCAAAGAGUGUGCGAAGGCGAAUUCUGCCCUCGGUUAUGGAGUCCUUUGAUGAAACACCCAUUGAUUAUGUUUUUCGUAUUGUAAGCAAGAGUAAACAUGAAGAGUUUGCUGCUGCCCAUUCGAUUUUGGAUUUUGUGCGCAGUGCUCCGCGUAGAGCCCAGUUGAGUAGUUGCUCCACCACUGGCAGCAGUGAUUGUUCCAGCAAAAGUCUUUCCAUUGAUCAGCAUCCAUUGGAGUCGCCCCUACUGCAGACUCAACAGAAUGCCAGCAUUGAAAUGGUCUGUUCCACAAUGCGAAGGCAAAUUAUAUCGCGGGCCUUUUAUGGCUGGUUGGCCUAUUGUCGGCACCUAUCCACGGUGCGGACACAUUUGUCGGGUUUGGUUAAUGGUCGAAUAACCCCAGAAAUGAAAGCCGAUGAAGAAGGUCUAACCGUGGAAAAAUGGAACGCCUUAAAUGAAAAUGGUGUGGCAAAAAAUGCCAAUGAAGUCUUCCGUUUAGUAUAUUUUGGUGGUGUAGCACCGCAGCUGCGUAAGGAGGUGUGGCCCUAUCUGCUGGGGCACUAUACCUUUGGUUCCACCCUGGAGGAACGUCAGAAGCAAGAUGAAACAUGUAAACAUUACUAUGAGACCACAAUGAGUGAAUGGCUGGCUGUGGAUGCCAUUGUCCAGCAGAGGGAAAAAGAAAAAACCGCUCGCGCCGUGGCCAAACUCAGCUCCGGCAGUAACAGCGGUCAAGAUAAAACUGUGCGGGCGGUGGAAAUCGAAAUUGGGGAUUUAGAAAAUGAGGUAUUUGAAGAUAUGUCCGAUUUAUCUGAUCCUGGUGAUCUCGAAUUUGAUGAUGAACAAAAAACCCCAGCCCAUACCUCCUCUUUCACAAGUCAUCUGAUGGUCAAACCAAUACCAAGAGCCAUGAAAACCAGCACCGACUCGGGGCAUGUUGAUGAAAUUGCCGACGAUUCAGUAUUUGAUGAUCAGCUAAUAGCACAAUUAUCCCAUCAGAACUCGCAAGACACACCCAAGGAACGUCAAGAAUCUGCCUCAAACUCUUCGUCAUCCUACGAUACCGUUGGUAAUGGUUAUCAAGGUAUAAAAUCCACACAAUCUGCUCAAUUUUUACCAUCUGAUGAUAUGGAACCUAAGUCUGUACUAAGUCCCGAGUACCUGAGUGCUGAUGAUUUUCAAGAACAGUUGCGCGAUGAUCGUGACCAAAUGGGUAGUGGUAAAUUGGAGGAGCACGAAAACAAAACAUCGGUAAUUGUAACAAAUGCCUCUGUGGAUGUGGUCAAUUGGGAUCCAAGUCCGCAGAAAAGUACGCGACCCAUGUCGCCAUUGGAGGAACAAGCGCAAGUGGCGACUACAUCAUUAGAUGCUUUGCAGGAACCCAAGUCAACAUGUGUCUCACCGGCCAGUUCAAAUGGUGGAGUUUAUAGUAGUGAACUGUUGGAACAAUUUGGCCUGAAUUUGCAUCGUAUUGAAAAGGAUGUACAGCGUUGUGAUCGAAAUUAUCCUUAUUUUGCCAAUGAAAAUUUGGACAAGCUGAGAAAUGUUAUAUCCACCUAUGUUUGGGAACACCUCGACAUUGGCUAUAUGCAAGGUAUGUGUGAUUUGGUCGCCCCACUCCUAGUCAUCUUCGAUGAUGAAUCGCUAACGUACAGCUGCUUCUGCAAACUAAUGGAACGUAUGAUUGAUAAUUUCCCCAAUGGCGGUGCCAUGGAUAUGCAUUUUGCCAAUAUGAGAUCACUGAUUCAGAUACUCGAUUCGGAAAUGUACGAUCUAAUGGAUUCGAAUGGUGAUUAUACACAUUUCUAUUUUUGUUAUCGUUGGUUUUUGUUGGAUUUCAAGCGGGAACUGGUCUAUGAUGAUGUCUUCUCGACGUGGGAGGUAAUAUGGGCGGCGAAACAUGUAGCCUCUGGGCAUUUUGUAUUAUUUUUGGCAUUGGCAUUGCUGGAAACAUAUCGAGAUAUUAUAUUGUCGAAUAGUAUGGAUUUUACCGAUGUCAUUAAGUUUUUUAAUGAAAUGGCUGAGCGACAUAAUGCAGCGGCAAUUUUACAACUGGCUCGAAGUUUGGUUUUACAAUUACAAAUGAUUAUAGAAAAUAAGUAA